AUGGGCAAGGAGAGCACUGAUGAGGGAAGUGUCAAUGCAACUUUAUGGACUCAAAUCGACAACUUAGCAGCAACAGCAGCAAGGGUGCCCUUACCUGCGGUGCCCUCAGGCACCCCAUGCAGCAGCACGCUGGGGGCGACUACCCCCGAGAAACAGAGGGCAGACACCGUGUUGCUCCUCACCAGACCCUGCAGCCAUCCUCUCCCCGAGGCAGUUCUAGACCAAGCCUGCUCUGCUUCCCUUGAUUAUCGCUUGAGCUCGACGCAGAAAAACACACGCCAGCAAAGUGUACAAGCGCUCGACUUGACGUGUACAGGGGAGUUGUUUCCUGUGUCGGACGAGGGCACUCCUCUUUACCCCACUACAGCUAAUUCGUUCGUUAGCUCCUUGCACUCAGAUGCUUCUUCCGUCUGCGAGUCUGCGUCACAAGCGAGCGCCGCCGUAACUAAGGCCCAUUCCCAGGUGUCCGUGCACCUCACACGUGCUGGGGCUGAUGAGGCUGCAGCUGCAGUCGCAGAGGGGAGCGUAGACGAGUCUGAAGAUAAAGUAACGCGACCCGAUGCAUCCAGUUCCGACAUCCUCGAGUACAUGAAUGAGCGAGACCUCGCGCUGUACUUGGAGCAGCACAAUCUAACAGCUGAGCCUUAUGCUGAAGGCGUUGCAUUUUGCAUUGGAGAGGGAGGGCGAGAGCUUCUGCGCGCCGCACUCCUGCAUCAUACUGAUGGACGCGCAUUGCAAGGGGCCAGUGUGCCGCAGCUCUUGAAGCUUGCACAUGCUGCAGAGCUGUGGCCUCUAGUUCAGCGCAUCAGAGCUGAACGACUCGCAGGGAAACUGACGGGCUUGCAUCUUGCUUUCUGUAAUUUUAAGGCGGCCCAAAGCCGCAGACGGAGGCGCACUUGCACUGUCUCUAUGCACGCUAUCAGGAACGGGGAGGGCAAGAUCCUGAAUAUCAUCUAUGACCCACAUAAAACUUUGCACAUAGGGUUGGAGGGACGAUCAAGACUGAAACUUCUUAUUACGAAGCGCAUGGACUCAAAUCCUGAGACGGCAAUGGCUUUGCUGGUCGAGCACGGCCUACAGAACAUCUGCCUGCGUUUUGCGACAGUGGCGGAGCUGUUGGCGAUUGCAUGGGUUUUGGGUUUGUGGCAGUUUGUCGUCGAGAUAAAACAGGAUAACGAAGACCGCAAACGCAGCCUGACGUCACAGAAAACUAUGAGACAUCGAGGCACGCGUCGCACCGGGGAGCGCCUGGAUGCCUCACAAGGUCACCCAGGGAAGAAGGGACGCACUCAGGAAUAUCUGGAAAGCCCUGAAACAGCGGCGGAUGCUCAACUAAACGGUAUUUUCAGGUGUGAUGUCAGCGCUGUGCGCUGUGAUCCACAUGCUGGAAAAGUUCGGGAGGCGGCUAGUUUGCAAGCGUUGGCUCCCGUCAAUGGUUGCAAAGGAAGUAGUUUUAAGGAAACGAAUGACAGACCUAAAGAUAUAGACGAUGUCGGAACGGUGGCAAGCGUAACCGACAACCAGGGACCUGCUGAUGGAGUAGCGGAGCCAGUGAGUGUACUGCCCGCAUGUGAAGCCCCGCAGGAGGCACCUGCGAAGCCCACUACCCAAAAAGACUUGUCAGGAACUGCUUGUUCUUCAUCUGGGCCCUUGCACCGGAUCGGCCAGCUCGUGUCCCUUGCAAAUCCAGCUGCUCCAAACGCAAAGGCGGUUGCAGCGGAAAUUGUGCAGGAACUGCUUUCACUUGUCCAAAGGGGCCUAUUGCCGAAUCCACCGAAAGCUGUUCUUCAGCAGCUUCAAGUAGCAGCUUCUCGACUUGGGAUUUGCUCUACGCCGCCUUUUUCCCCUCAGGUAGCUAGCUAUGAGAGAUGA